AUGCGAGUCGAAUUGCAGAACGAGCUAUCUAGAGAAGCUUUUUCCAAACAAUUGCUCGAUAUUGAGCCCCAUGUCCCAUUGAUCCGAUUCCCGCUAACUGAAGUUCAAAAUGGUGGAACACCACCUACGCUGCAGAAACGUGAUAUCUGGGAAUGUCAGUGGCGCCUUCUACGCUGCUGGACGAGACGAGAGUUCAUGGAUGACGAUAGAGGAGGCCCAAAAGAAUCGGCGAUGGAACCGCGACUGUCCUGA